GGUCGUUGAGUUGUUCUCGCUCUCUCACGAUGCUCACUUUUACUUGUCCAAUUAUAAGGCAGGUAAUCGAACGCGUUGGACGGAAAGAGUAAGAGAGUUUUGUCAUGACACCUCGUCGGCCUAGGAUUACUUAUCCUCUCCCGAGGCGUAUGCUAACUCCCUUCCUCGGUUCAUUCGAUAUUGGUGGGGCUUCGAUCGGAGACCGGACUCGGAACGAUCGGAGGUCGAAUUUUAGGGCUUUUUGACCUUUUCCCCGGACCAUCCAGCUGAAUCUUGAGCGGUUCUACGCGGGAUUCAUGGGUUUUCGGCGUCUAUUUGGGUUUUUGAUCCAACCAAAUCGGUGAGUCCUUCGGAUUGGAGCCCAGCGACGGUUGAUUCGUUCUGCGAACUAGGGCUUUUCUCGAGCCCUAAUUGUUUAAGAGCUCGGAGCUCAUCAUUGGGAGAUCGAUCCAUCACUUUCUUAUUUGUUCUGCAAGUGAUUGGUACAAGAACCGAGAAAAAUGCAGCCCAAGUAUCGGAACCCCAGGGAUGGUUUCCGGCCGGGUUCGCCGUUCGGUCGUAAUCGUACUCGUGGCGGCUUCAGCCGCAGUUACUCGAAGCCCCAAAGCCCUCCUGCAAGCAAAAUGGAGAUCCUAAUGGAGGCUGGCCGGCUUGCGGCCGAGUACCUGGUGUCCAAGGGCGUGCUUCCCGCGAGCUCGCUCCCCAGUACCAUGUCCAAGAGCGGCGUUCAAGAAUUCAGAGGCCAGGGCCGGGAGAACCCAUCUGCUCCUCCGCCGUUUAGCGUAGGCAGGACCUCGGCCCUUGCCCGGCUGGGGGACGCGGGUUCCGAUGUUGGGUAUGGAAGGAAAAGAUUCAACGACGACUACGAUCGAAUGGGGUCAAGGAAGAAUGGUAGAGGCAGGAAAAGAUCAGGGUUCUAUAACAGAGGGUAUGAUGGUCCGGAUUGGAGUAGAGAGAGGAAAAGAAAUGGGCCGUGGAACGAACGAAGCAGAGACUAUUCUGAUAGUAUGGAAGAGGACAACGAUGACUUUGCCCCUGGGUAUCGUAGAGAUCGGCUAAGUGGGUACGAGGAAGUGGGAAGCAGUAUCGCUGAAAAUGAACAGCACUCGAAGGGAGAAGUGGUGGGUGAAUCGGGUUCAGAGCUUGAUGAUGCUGGAUCGAAGGCGAGCUCAAACAGUACCAGGAAGGAUGUUCCCGCGGAAGUGGAUGCCGAUGAGAACAAAGGGGCAGAUGAAGUGUUGGCUUCAAAUUCAGAAGCUGGAGGAGUUAAGAGUGGUAAGCAUGAUGAGUUAGAGAAAAAGAUUUCCACGGAAGAGUACUCAACCGUGAAGCCUGAUGGAGUCGAGGAAGGCGUCUCCUCUGUCAGCAAUGAUGGCAGUGAUCUAUUGAAGCUCAGUGGUUUUCCAAAAGUGCCAACGCGACCGCGGUCAUCACUGUCACAUAAAGGUCCUACAGAUGACCAUUGCCUCAGUACUGAUGGUGGAAACAAGAUUGAAGUUGUUCCUAAAGGAGAUUUUGAGAUGGUUAUAGAUGAUGUUCCAACUGAUGGCUUCUUAAAAGAAUCGCAUGUGGAUCACUCUGACCGUUUGAAAUGUGAAGAACAAGCUAAUUCUGGUGAUGUUGAUAUCAAAUCCUCUAAAGAAACAAUAGAGUCUCCCUGUGAGCCACAGAUGAACCUCCUGCGUUCAACAUCAUCUGCUAUGAUGGUAGACGUAGGGAAGGAGGAUAAGUUUGCUAAUCAUGUGAGUCAAGAGGAGGAACUUGAGAAACAAAUUAACUCAUCUUCGCCUACUGCAUCUCAGCAAAAUCAAUUCUCUCAGCUUGAUGGCUCUAGACAAACUCAGGCUAGCCUGUUCAUGGAGAUGCCACCUCAGAGUGAAGAAAUGGAGGCAAUCGAUCAAUUGAAACAAGUCACUGCCAAUUUACCUCCAAAAGUUGAAGCUCAAUCAUUCAUGGAGAUGGAAGAUGUAAAGCAAAACCAACCAACUUCAUUUAAAAUCUGUGAUCUGAACCUAAUGGAAGCUCCUGAGAUGACUGAGAUUCCCAGUGAUCCUCUUUUGAAUGAUUGUAAUAUUUCAGCUCCUCCUCUGGAAACUGAGAAACAACUUUCGGUUGAUUUUGGCCUGUCGAUAAAUAGCAAGGCCAAAGUUACUUAUGACUUCAACCGUCUUUCAGGUGAUGACAAAGUGAUUCCAGUAAUUGAUUUGGAAGACGAUUCUCCAAUUGAAGUGAAUGCCUGUAAUCCUUCGAAGGCCAACAGGAACGAAUUGAUAUAUCCUGUAGAGAAUGUUAUGAACCACACAACACAUUCAGAUGACCUUCCUGUCAUUCAGGACAGCUACAGUCUAGCCAUUUCUGACUACCUGGGAGCUGAUAUGUCAUGCAGCCCAUCAGUACAAGCAGACCUUAAUAACCUUCAAGUUGGAAUUGAUCUUCAUGGUGCUGAGGGGUUUCCUGGUGUUGAUGAUUCAAUAUAUGGAUCUCUUGGAGAUAUAGGAUUCAUGGAGGUCUGGGACCAGCCAACACAAGAUUACGAGAAAUUCUUUUGAACCUUUAACUGUGUUGUGGCAAUUUAAGUAAGGCUGCUUAUUACUUAUCCUCCAGCCAGUAUCUGGAUUUCAAACAUCUAGGAUUUUAGACAAUAAAUAGCACAUUGAUGUAUCAACUAUCAGUUGCUGUGUCCAGUAUCUAAACCACAUGUCACAAAGUUGUGUUCUGCUUUUGUUGUCUGCUGCUUUAAAUUCCUGCCAUUAACUUUGUCCUUACCUUGUGAGAAUGGUUGUUUUGUACCUUGUUCAGUAACUUCUGUUUGCCUGUUUGA